CGCAAGCAGUUAGACGAACUCCUUGAGAAAGGUUGGAUCAGGCCCAGUUCGUCUCCUUUUGGAGCACCCGUUUUGUUUGUCCCCAAAAAGGAAGGAGAGCUGAGAAUGUGUAUAGACUAUAGGGGUUUAAAUGCGAUCACCGUGAAGAAUGCUGAGCCGCUGCCGAGGAUACCUUAUCUUUUAGAUCGGGUGCAGGGUUGUAAGUAUUUCUCUAAGAUAGACUUAAAGUCCGGAUACCAUCAGAUAGAGGUUCAUCCUGAUGAUCAGUACAAGACUGCGUUCCAGAYUAGAUAUGGGCAUUAYGAGUUUAUAGUGAUGCCCUUUGGACUAACCAACGCGCCAGCUACUUUUCAGCGUUGUAUGAAUGACCUGUUUAGACCAURGUUAGAUAAAUUURUAGUAGYGUACUUAGAUGAUAUCCUAGUCUUUAGUAAGACCCUCCAGGAGCACCAGGGUCAUCUGAGGCAGGUCUUGGAGAAGCUUAGAGAGGCUAACUUCAAGAUCAACGCGAAGAAGUGCGAGUGGGCCAAGAGGCAAGUCUUAUACUUGGGCCACGUGUUGGACGGAGAUGGCAUUAAGCCAGAGGACAGCAAGAUCGUGCCGAUCAGAGAUUGGCCGACGCCCCGCACAUUGACAGAGUUGCGGUCGUUCCUAGGCUUAGCUAACUACUAUAGGAAGUUCGUAAGGAACUUCUCUACUAUCGCCGCUCCCUUGCGCCGAUUGCUGAAGAAAGAGGCAAUCUGGCAAUGGGACAAAGACUGUACGUUUGCGCUCAAGAAGCUAAAGCGCGCGUUAAUAGAGUAUCCUGUCCUCAAAGUUGCAGAUCCGUCUUUGCCAUUUGUCGUCACCACGGACGCGAGUCGGUAUGGGAUAGGCGCCGUGUUGCAGCAAGACGACGGCAAUGGCUAUAGACCCGUAGAGUUCAUGUCAGCGAGGAUGCCCUGUGAGAAGGUUGCCGCCUCCACGUACGAAAGAGAACUCUACGCUCUCAGGAAGGCUUUAGAUCAUUGGAAGCACUACCUGCUUGGGAGGCACUUCAAAGUGUAUUCGGACCACGAAACGCUUAGAUGGUUAAAGACUCGGGCCAAGAUGACACCUAAGUUGACUAGGUGGGCCGCAGAGAUGGACCAAUUCCACUUUGAGCUCAAGCCAGUGAAGGGCAAGUACAACGUAGUUGCGGAUGCUCUGAGUAGGAGAUCAGACUACUUUGGAGCUGUAGUACACUAUCUGGAUAUAGGGAGAGACCUGCAGGAGAAAGUGAGGCAAGCAUAUGCGCAGGACCCUAUCUAUAGCGACCUCCUAAAGAGAGUUAGAGAUGCCCCAGAGACUGAACCAGACUACCGCACUACAGACGGGUUGCUGUUUGAGAAGACUAAUGUGUUUGACCGCCUGUGCGUUCCCAACAGCGAAGAGAUCCGCAGUUUGAUUUUAGGGGAAUGCCACAAUACUAAAGGGCAUUUCGGCUGGCAAAAGACAUUAGCCAACCUGAUGCGUGUGUAUACCUGGCCAGGGAUGAAGAAUGACUGCAUAGAGUAUGAUAAGGAGCUAUCAGAUUUUCUACUUGCUCUCCAGACCGGUUUCCCCUUCAUUCUUCGCGUGGUGGUGGCUGUGGGUCCUGUGUUUGUUGGUUAUGCAUUGUUUGCAUGGACGUUCUUUGGAGUAUUCAUUUCAACAUUCCGAUCAUUUGGGGAUUCUAUCAUCACUCUGUUCUGCUUCAGCACGCGAAGUCGCAUUCUUACGGAUGACAUUAUUUCGGAGAUGGUUCAGCCAUUCGACGAGGAGUUUCUCUCGGAGACGAACGAUACCGAUAGGUCACCAACAAGUCCAGGUGAGAGGUGCAUGGAGAGGACUGGGGGUAGAAGAGGAGGACAAGGAGAAUGUAGCGACUCUAAUGUUCUCCAUCGUCGGGGAUCAUCCGGGUACUUCAGGUACGACAAAGCCAGGUCUUAUGCAAGAAUGUCAAGUCGAACCUAUUCGGAUGCUCACUCCGAUGGACUUCACAAGGAUCCACCUGAACCUGAAGAAGCCCAGAGUUCCCCAAUGCCACAGAGGCGAGCUGGGGAAGAAGCGCUUGUCUCCUCCUCCAGCAAUUGUAUGCAUGAAUUGAGGAUAGAAGAAAGUGGCGACGGUGGAAGAAACAUCGAUGAGGGCUCAGCAACGAAGGUCGCUGAUGUUGGAGCGGGGAAGGUGUGCGAAGCUAAGCAAGAUCCUGGCGAUAUUUUAUCGCCGCAGUUCUCAUAUCGACAGUCUAUGAAUUCGUCAUCGGAUGUGCGUGAAUAUUGGCAACAUGGCAGAGUAAUGAGGCAGACUUCUCAGAAUGGAGCUGCAGAGGAAAUGUCCCAACGAGGAUGGAACGUGAACGUGAAUGACCUUUGCAAUGAGAAUGGGACGUACUGGAAUGAAAUGGAUAAGGAAUGCGCCAAGUGGUUGACGAGAGUUCUCCAAUCACAGGAGAUGAUACUAGAAAGACAUGGCUGCAACUUCCCGGUGGAGCAAAUUCUGACAAAGUUUGAAGUAAGUGGUAGCAUCUCACUCGCCAAUUGCCCUAGCGCAGGUGAUACAAGGGGAAUGAAAAUAUCAUGAAAUAAGGAAAAUGCGCCAAGUGGGUUUUACCCGACCUUGGUACCAAGGGAAUGAACAUCAUGAAAUGCU